AUAGGUCAGAAGUAGUCAGACAGCACAGGAGUGACAGACAUAAACACAUAAACACACAUACAGUACCACACACACUUACAUACGCUUGGAGGAAUAUGGACCGGACACAUUGACACUGAUUUUACUUCACCGAGCCAGCUGAGUGUCUGAAAUCUUCAGGGAAGACUGGGAUUAUCACUUAUGUUUCAUGAGUUCUGCUCUCAUCAAUAGGAAUACUCUAAUUCUCUAAUCUUCAGUCAAAGCUUUUUUUCUGAAGAAGGAGAGAUUUUUGAAAAGAAGAAAUAAUUCCUGUGUGAUCUCAUUGAACAGAUCUUUUGGGAUUUAAAGCUAAUUGAGAGAACUGGAUCAGAGAGAGAUGCACCGGGAUAAGGCAGGUAUCUUGGGUGGGCCAGGACCCCUCCUGUCACCCUGAGAAGACCAGGGCACCGGUCGGUCCACAGAGGGGCAUCGGGGCAUGAGACAGGGGCUCAGGGGGUACUCAAACGCAAGGUGGUGGUCAUGAGAACUACAAACAUGACCAGUUUGGUUGGAGUGGUCAUAUUGCUUGUGAGCUACAUCCUGGUGCCAGCAACGGCUCUGAUCGACUCUGAUGAUGUCAUCACCAAGAAUGAGCAGAUCUACCUUCUGAUUGGUGCUAGGGCCAAGUGUGAGAGGAGCAUUCGUGCCCAGAUCAGCUCGGUGAAGGAGAAUGAGUGUGUACCUGAGUGGGAUGGCAUCAUCUGCUGGCCUCGAGGACAGCCUGGCCAGCUGGUGUCUGUCUUAUGUCCAGCGUACAUCUACGACUUCAACCACAGAGGUCAUGCAUAUCGGCAGUGUGACACACUGGGGAAGUGGGAGCAGGUGGCCAGCAUCAACCGCACCUGGGCAAACUACACUGAGUGCACCACAUACCUGCUUGCCAAUCCUGGCAACCAGGAGGAGGCGGUGUUUGAGCGUCUGCACCUCAUGUACACGAUUGGCUACUCCAUCUCUCUGAUCUCUCUCCUGGUCGCUCUCCUCAUUCUGUGCUACUUCAAACGCCUUCACUGCACGCGCAACUACAUCCACAUCCACCUCUUCACGUCGUUUGUCUGCCGAGCGAUCAGCAUCUUCGUCAAGGACGCCGUCCUCUACACUGUAUCAGAUGAAGCCAAGUCUGAGGAGGACGCAGUGGGACAGAGGCCUCACAUGGUUGGCUGUAAGGUGGCUGUGACACUGUUCCUGUACUUCCUGGCCACCAAUCACUACUGGAUCCUGGUGGAGGGUCUCUACCUGCACAGUCUCAUCUUCAUGGCCUUCCUAUCAGACAAGAGCUACUUAUGGGCUCUCACCAUCAUCGGCUGGGGUGUUCCUGCUGUCUUUGUAUCCAUAUGGGUCAGUGCUCGAGCAUCUUUAGCAGAUACACAGUGCUGGGAUAUCAGUGCAGGCAACCUGAAGUGGAUCUAUCAGGUGCCCAUUCUGGCCGCCAUUGUUGUGAACUUCUUCCUGUUCCUCAACAUCAUCAGGGUGCUGGCCUCUAAGCUGUGGGAGACGAACACGGGCAAACUGGACCCCCGACAGCAGUACAAGAAGCUGCUGAAGUCAACACUAGUGCUGAUGCCGCUGUUCGGGGUGCACUACAUGGUGUUCAUGGCGCUGCCCUAUACGGAGGUGACGGGGGUGCUGUGGCAGGUGCAGAUGCACUACGAGAUGUUCUUCAACUCCUCACAGGGCUUCUUUGUGGCAUUCAUCUACUGCUUCUGCAAUGGCGAGGUGCAGGCGGAGGUGAAGAAGGCAUGGUUAAGGCGAAGCCUGGCGUUGGACCUGAAGCAGAAAGCUCGUGUCACCAGCAGUGGAGGUGGUGGGAGCUGCUACUACGGCGGCAUGAUGUCCCACGCCACCACCCAGAGCGUCUGCCUCAGCGUGAGUGGGACCAAGGGCCUCCCGCUGAUGGGUGGGUCUGGCGUCGGGGGUAAAGGUCAACCCCGCCUCCCCUCCCUCCACCACACCCUCACCAACCUUCCCGGUUAUGUGCCCAGCGACACGGAGAUGCCCAUGGUUCCCACGGUGACGCAGCAGGAGCUAGUGCUGAGGCGGGCGGUCCAGGUGGGUAUCCUGGCUCCCCCUAGUGUUGGCAAGGAGGAGGGUCAGAGGUCACGCGAGCCAGAGAGAAAGGUGGAGGGAGAGCCUGAACCCUUCCUCCUGGCGGAAGAAAACCGGUCAAGCUCGGUCUCGAUCAAGGAGCUGGAGACCAUUCUGUGACUGAAAUGGACAAGGAAAGAUGAGUGCCUGAAGAGUGUGUAGCCAUGGAAACAACCCCACCCAACUAUGUACAACUAUGUACAAAUACUUUGAUUUUGAACAGACACAGACUCCUAGGAGCCUCAUCACACAAAACUAUGUCCAUCAUGAUGUUUCAGACUAUUUCUCUGGCCUUCACUGUAAAACCUGGCAGCCUUUAAAGAUUAAAAAAAAAUCAAAUCAAACCUCAAAUCUCUGUCAGUUGCUCAGAAACAAGAAAACAAAACAAAAUCCAGCACACUGUGACUAUAUUGGACCUCUCUCUAGAGGGUGACGUGUGAUUAUGUCGAUGCAGGUUUCAGAGGAAGCAAUUGUGUUAGCCAUUUGCAUUGAUCGGUUGGUUUGUCUUUUUAUUGCCGGGACAGCACAGUUCAAAUAAAUUAUGGUCAUUGAUGGGGAAAACAAUUAUCUGUUCAGGAAAUCGAUGGCCACCACAAUUUACUGUUGGCUUUCUCUCUGGGUUGUGUGUGUGUGUGUAGUUGUGUGCAGAGGCUUUGCUGUUGUUGUCGUUGUUUUUUUUCAUUUCCUGCUGGUGAGGUGAGAGUGAAGAGAGUCCCUCAGUGAUCAUAAAGACAAACGCCUCUCUUCCUUUUUUCUGUUUUUUCUCCUUCUCUCCAUUUCUCUCCCUCUCCCUCCUUUUCUCCUUCUCUCAAUUUCUGUCCCUCAUUGAUGGGCCCUUGUUUUCAGUGAAGUUGAUAGGCAAGUCUCUGAUUGCUAUGGGCAAAUACGUAGGUGGGUUGGUUCAUAGGUUUACAUGGACACUUUUAAUCUGAUUGUAAUCAGAAUAAUGGCUUAAUCAAAAUAAAAAUAACACAUAUAAACACCUUGAUCUUAAUGAAACUGCCUAUCUGAUUUGAAUCUUAAUCGGAAUGAAAGGGGUGGUAUUCCAUUUGUAUUCUUGAUUCCAAUGAAACAGCAAUGUGUACAGUCAAUCGGGUUGCCUCCUGUAGCUUUUCAAGCAAAAGCAAAGCAGCAACAGCUACUCCGAUCAAAGAUUCCAGAGCGCUUAUAACCACCUGAUCGGAAUUAAAUGUAUCCCAUGUAAACAGGUGACGCAAAGUUUUCAUUCAGAAUAGUUUCAUCUGAGUGAUUACAUGAAUAAAAAAACUGUUCAUGUAAACCCACCUAUUGACUGUGUCCUUCACAGUUAAACUGUUCACACUUCUUACUUGUGUGCAUGUUGCUUGUAGUUGCACAGUUCACACCAGUGGUAGUGUGACGUAUACGGUAGGAUAUGACAGUGUUUUAGAGUUCAUCAACUGAGUCACACUGUUCUAUUAAUGAAAGUCAAACUUUACAGGAUGAUGUAAACUGCUGUCCAGUUCAAAUGCUUUCAUGUUGUGUAUUUAUUGGACCAUAAAUAAGCAGUGUUCUUCAGAUGAAUAAAACAUGUGAAGGUGUUUUUUUUAU